AUGCACCCCUACGCGAACCGCGCGCUAGCUUCCUCGGGCUCGGGCUCGUUCGAACUGGAAUCAAAUGUGGAUUCUUUGAACGCCGCCCUCGACGCCGGCCGUGCCUUCCCAAAGAUCCCCAAACUGCUGCAGGAGCUCCUCCUCGACCGCACCUUCCGCCUGCGCUCCAAGCCCAUCGUCUCCCCCAACGGCAGCCAGCCGAACUCGUCCAAUGGCUCUCUGCGCUCCCCUGGCCCCACACCCAACGGCUCCAGGCCCACGAGCUUCCCAGACGUGCCUCUCCCCAAGGCACCCGACCCAGCGCUGGACCCUGCCGGCUACCUGCGCAGCAUCUAUGCCGUGCGUGAGCGCUCCAAGCUGGUCCUCGAAAAGGCCAAAAAGAACCAGCUCAAACACUUUACCGUCGACAUGACCAAGUUCCACGAUGUAGCCAGUUUUGUAGUGUCGAUCAUCAAGCGAGACUAUGCGCCCGACUACGCCUCCAUCCCACCCCACGGCCGCUGGCAGCACUUUGAUGUGGGUGGCCGCCCGCGCAUCGACCAGCUGAUGGCGUCGUGGCCCUCCACCGUGGACAAUCAGGAACGCACGCGCCGCCUGCUCGAUCUGUUCCUGGUCUCGGUGCUUCUCGACGCAGGCGCCGGCACAAAGUGGCAGUACAAGAGCAAAGAGUCGGGCAGGAUCUACCGCCGCAGUGAAGGCCUCGCCGUCGCCAGUCUUGAGAUGUUCAAGGCCGGCGUCUUCAGCAGCGACCCCAGAGAGCCGUGCCAGGUUGACAGCGCUGGCCUCGCCAAGCUGGACGUCGCCAUCAUGGCCCGCGGUCUGCAGGUCACUGACAGCAACCCCCUUGAUGGCCUCGAGGGUCGCACCACCCUUCUCUUGAGACUCUCGGAAGCUCUGCGGAACCAGGAAAUCUUUGGACUUGAGGCGCGUCCAGGAAACAUGCUUGACUAUCUACUUUCGCACCCAACAACCCAGGCAUCAUCGGUCCCCAUCAUUCCCCUGCCCACGCUCUGGAACACGCUCAUGGACAGUCUGACCCCCAUCUGGCCAGCCUCUCGGACCCAAAUCGACGGCUUCCCAAUCGGCGACGCUUGGCCGUGCUCCGUCAUGCCAUCGCAUCCAACCCACCCCUGGGAAAACAUUGUUCCCUUCCACAAGCUGACGCAAUGGCUGACGUACUCGCUCAUGGUCCCGAUGACAAAGCUGCUUCACGUGCACUUUGCAGGUGCAGAGCUCUUGACCGGUCUGCCAGAAUAUCGCAACGGCGGACUCUUCAUCGACACUGGACUUCUGACACUCAAGCCAGAGGAUUCAAAGCGCGGACUCGCGCAAUACGAGCAUAACGCCAAGACCAAAGGACAACCAAGCAUGGAAGUUGUGCCCAUGUUUACAGCCGAUGACGAUGUGAUUGUCGAGUGGCGCGCAGUCACAGUUGGGUUAUUAGACGACCUGCUGGUAGACGUCAAUAAAAUGCUUGGCCUGAGCGGUUCUGACAGAUUGAACCUGGCGCAGAUGCUCGAGGCAGGGAGCUGGAAGGGCGGCCGCGAAAUCGCAGAAGUGUCACGGCCCAACACCAAAGAGCCACCAAUCAUGAUCUUGUCGGAUGGAACAGUUUUUUAA